AUGCGACGUGCAACGAAUGAAAAUGAACGCUUUGCGGUGGGACGUAUUUCUAAACGUGUUAAUGUGUUAUACGAAAUAAUAACAGUUAAAAUGGAUACUGGCAAUCUAACAACACCGUUUUCAAUAAACGACAUAUUAACAAAAGAAAACGAAACAAAAUGUGACUAUGAGAACUUUUCAAAUUCUAAUUUCAAAGUGAGUUUUCUCGGCAAACCUGCCAGUUACAAGGAUGAAGGUUUAAGAAAGGAGGUUGUAGAAAAGAGUAUGAAGUACUACGACGAUUGCAACGCUUACAGAGAUUACGGGGACGAUGGUGCUCUGGAUAUGUCGAGGAAGAAUAAUUUUCCAGUCACAGAACUAUCAGAUGACUAUGAUUCACGCUCAUCAAACACAGGCUCGCCGAUACGACGCAGCAACUCCUCCCCAAACUCAGAUAUCGGCUAUAAACCUUUCAACUUACACUACGAGCCACGAAAGUGUACCACACCUCCUCCACCUGAUACUAGAGCCCUACACUCUCCAAACUACAACAUCAACGAGUACACGCAAAAUGGUGGACGAAAGAAACGAUCGAGAGCGGCUUUCUCACACGCUCAAGUAUACGAACUCGAAAGACGGUUCAGUCAACAGAGAUAUCUCUCUGGUCCGGAACGCGCCGACUUAGCGGUCAGCUUAAAACUCACUGAAACCCAAGUCAAAAUAUGGUUUCAAAACCGAAGAUACAAAACCAAAAGAAAACAAAUGCAGAUGCAGGAAAGCGGCAUGCUUGCCGCCGCAGCAGCGGCAGCUAACCACGCUAGAAAAGUAGCUGUAAAAGUACUUGUUAAUAACAAUGGCCAACCAACCAUACCUGAUUUAAAAACGUACCAAACACCGAUUAUUGGUAAAACAUUAAAUCCUCUAUUUACACCACCGAAUCUUCUAGAAGGUUCGCCUAUAUUGAAACAUUUUGCUGGUGUUUACGGCGUCGAUUUUGCCAAGAAUCCGGAAUACAAAGCACUUUUACAAGAGUCCUAUAAUCAAGCAGUGCUUCAGUCGUUGUAUGGACCUCAUUUAGGUGUCAAUUAUACCAACAUACCAUUAUCAUAUAUGUACUAUCCUAGUCAUUCAUCCUUCGGUAUGCCAGUGCCUUGCGAUUUGGAUAGAAAUCAAGGUGAAUCGAGCAUAGAUAUGAAAAAUUUAAGGGAAGACGCAAAUAAUACGAAAGAGAAAGUCGAUAAACGCAAAAUGCUUCACGAUGAGAACAGCAAUGAAAGCAUGGCCAGUAAUAUUGAAAUAGAGAAUUAA